GUGUCGAGAAGCGACGGUGACUUCCGCGUCGCUGCUGUGUGCAGUUGUGAUUGGCAGCAGGUUUCCCUGAAGUGUCCACGGAACAAUGGACGUAUGACGGGUUAUCCAUCGCUUCCACCGUGAACGAGUUAUUGCAAGCUUGCCUGUUUCAUGUAGUUAGUUUGAAAGUGGAGCACGGGCCGGCAGGGUUGAAUUCAAACAUCAAGGGAACAAGCUAGCCCUACAGCUAGCCACCUGGGCAGGUGAUCUGUCAAAGGCAGUUUUGAGGAAAAUGGACAUCCUCUGGGAGCUAGUUCAAGCUCUUGUCGCUUUGGCAGUCCUCGGUUUGAUUGUGGUGCUUGUAGUCGCUCAUUUGACUGCAGAGAUGGUGAACGUGACACGCCACGAGAACGAGAAAUACUUCCUCACAGCCACAAGAGAGAGGAAACCUUUCCCGAGUCUUCAUGAUCCGUUCUCCAGAGAGCUUUCUGUGGUGAUACCUGCCUACAACGAGGAGCUCCGAAUGCCUGUGAUGCUUGAUGAAGCUAUGCAGUACUUGGAAAACAGACAAAAACAAAACCCCUCUUUCACCUAUGAGGUCAUUGUGGUCGACGAUGGCAGCAAAGACAAAACCACAGAGGUUGCUUUGCAGUACACCGACAAAUACAGUGCAGACAAAGUGAGGGUCCUGACGCUGGUGAGGAACAGGGGGAAAGGAGGAGCAGUGCGAAUGGGCACGCUGAGCUCCAGGGGGAAACUCAUACUGAUGGCAGAUGCUGAUGGAGCCACAAAGUUUUCUGACAUUGAGAAAGUGGAGGCGGGGCUUAAAGACAUCAACACUGGAUCAGAUAACUUAGCCAUUUCCUGCGGUUCCAGAGCUCACCUAGAGAAAGACUCUGUCGCUCAGCGAUCUGUGUUUCGUACAUUCCUUAUGUAUGGCUUCCACUUCCUGGUGUGGUUCCUCUGUGUGAGGGGAAUCAAGGACACACAGUGCGGCUUCAAGCUUUUCACACGCGAGGCCGCUCUCAAGACCUUCUCCUCUCUCCACGUGGAGCGAUGGGCUUUUGAUGUGGAGCUGCUGUACAUUGCCCAGUGUUUUAAAAUCCCCAUAGCAGAAGUGGCGGUGAACUGGACUGAAAUAGAAGGGUCCAAACUGGUCCCAUUUUGGAGCUGGCUGCAGAUGGGACGGGAUCUGAUUUUCAUCCGCCUGCGCUACAUCACCGGAGCCUGGAAACUGAACUCCACACAUAAGACUGAUUAGCCAAUCGGACAAGCCAUUGUGCCAUAGAGACAACCUGUUAUAGGACCACGGAGCCUUACAGCAAGGAGGGGAGAGUUCUGAGUCUGUGGUUCACUUUAAUCAUCAGGCAUAAAAAAAAAAAGCAAAGCCUAAAUCAAUGUUCUUUCCAAGCGUUAUUGGAAAUGAGGUAAUGACACAGUUGUGGAUUCCUGGUGGUCCUGCCUUUUUUUAUGUGGAUGCAGGCUGUUAUUGGCCACUGUUACAGUUAUUUCUGUUGCCACAGCUAACAGAUUGUCCGACUGAUCCUGUACUGAUGUCUCCUGAUGUUUAUAUUGUGCUCGGUCAGCUAAGAAUGAACGAGUUGUAGAAAUGUGUGAAGGACCUGCUCACCAUGUGGUGGCGCUCUGUAAUUAUGAAAAGAAGGGACGCAUAAUGGUCGGAUUGACAUGAAACACAAUAAAACAAAACAAAAAAUAACA